UGUUUUAGUUUUUGAUGCCUCUGCUUAUAAUCUGUGGUCAGGCUUGUGGCGGUAAAAGCGGACUAGCUAAUAGGCUGGUGACUCACUUCACGAAAGAGAACACGCCAGAAGACAGUGUUCAUCUAAUUUCGGAUGAGUCAUUUUACUCUUGUAGUGGAAAAGACAGGAACACAGUGUAUGGGUCGCCUGGUCUCGAGAAACAAAUGAGAGGACAGCUCAAAGACGAAGUCACACGUGUACUGUCGGCUAACAAGAUGGUCAUACUGGAUGCACAAAAUUAUAUUAAAGGUUUCAGGUACGAGCUCUACUGCGUUGUUAAGGCUGCCAAGACAACCCAAUGUGUCCUGUUUCUUAACUGUCCGUUAGAUCAAUCACUGACUCAUAAUGAAACGUCAAAACUGUAUUCAGAAGAGACCAUCAAAGCACUUCAUCUGAGAUUCGAAGCACCUCAAAGUACAGCUAGAUGGGACUCCCCUCUGUUCGAAACUAGUCCCGAGAAUGUUCACGAGUUGGAUUUGCAAAUGGUUGAACAAAGUUUAACCAGUGGACGUGCUCUGCCUCCGAAUUUAUCCACUCAAAAUCCACCACGACUUGCUGCUGAUACACUGUAUGAUUUGGACAAGAUGACACAAAAGCUGACCAGCCAGAUAAUGGGACAGAUGCUGAAUGCCGAGAUUGGCGAUGUGUUAUUGGUGUCAUCAAAACUGAGCGACGACUUGAUAAUUAGUGAAAAACUGAAAGUAAAUAAGAAACUGAGCAUGCCUGAACUGCAGCGAAUCAGAAGACACUUUCUAGACUUUUACAAAUCUCACACUUUCAAAGACCACUCACAAGUGCCUAAUGUUUUCUUCCAAUUUGUAUCCAAUGCCAUGCUUUAAGUUUAGAUAGAUUUUGAUUUUAAUUCAAUAUUUUUCUUUUGAA